CCCUUAAACCAACUCAAGUCGCCGCAUAUGGGUCAUUAAUGUGCAUGUCGAAGAAAAGAACAGCUACGUUGCCGUCUACCAUCUACUGAAGCUUUCUGGCGGACACCCACCGUGGACCCGGGAUGAUGUAAUGAGUCCCUGAGGCUCGCACUCUGUGCUCAGGUUGACAUCAUACACAUCCAUCUCCCAUCAAGGUGGGGAGAUGUCGUCAGAAGGUGGGAGGCUCAUCUGAAAAAGCUAUAGGUAUAUGAAGCUUCUUUCGUUGCUGGAAGUGGUGUGGCUUUUCAUUACCAUUCUCACAUUACCGCAAUCGAGCAAAAGAAAUCCGAAAUCCCCAGAUCAUCACCAUGUCUCACUUCAGGAACCCCGAGUCUUUGAACUCUGCCCAGGGCGAGUUCUCGAGCCACGUCAAGCCAUCAGAGCCUUUGACCACAAAGGGCCACGCCCCUGGUGUCAAGGUUGGCAACGACGCUGCCCCUGAAUUCAGCGCCGAGACCUAUCCUCCCGGUACUGCUCCCGCAGACCGCACCUUCAAGCCCAACCCCGUCGAUGAGACCUCGACGGAGAACAACGCGGUACCCAAGGCCUCAGAUACCCUCGGCGGAGCCACCUCUGCCGACGUGCACCAAGGACUCGGACACCCUGGCUCGGGCCAGACCAGCCAAGAGUUGCACGGCACGCACAAGAAGGACCGCUCAGGCCUGACUGGUGUUGGUGCCAACUUGACAGAUCCCCAGCACCAGCACCACCACGACCGUCCAUAUGAGACCGGCAAGACUGGCAAGGGGAGCUCUGACUAUCCUGCAGCGGAGGACCACGUUCCUGCCUCUGCUGAGCAGAUUGCCAGCGAGCGUCGUUAAGCGUUGGACCUUGAUUGGCACAGUUCAGUGUUGGUAAAAGAUAGGCGUUACGGGAUGGGCAGCAUAGGAAUUAUGUAUUAUGAAUGAUCAUGAAGGCUGAAUGACAUUACCGCAACACACUUUUGGUGUUAAGACGAGCUGCAUCCAAACAUUGCU